UGAGCCGAGCCACCUCAACUCAACUUGCCAAGUUGCAUCGCCACGAACGACAAUCCCCCCCCAUUGUCAGCUCCAGCGCACGCAGCAUCCCGCGCCGAUAAACAGCCUGGCUGCGCUCGUCAACUGCCCUCUGGCAUUCCGGCACUCCACCCGCCUCCCUCGAAAACCUGCCACGUAUCGAUUGCUCGAAAGCACCCCCGCGUCGUCCGUUGAAGCGCUCGCCGUGUCCCUGAGAAGCAGCAGCCCAGCGGCUCUCUCCCGAAACGCCCGGCUCGCGAGCCGCGCGACGCUGUCUUGUCGGAGUCUACAGCCCGUGUCGCUGCGCACACAAGAUUGCGAAUAUGCGGUCAUUGCUUGGUCUCGUCGCCUUGGGGCUGUCCGUCUGGACGGCGCGGGCGCUCGAGGUGGGCAUGGAUGAGACAGAUGCGAAUCGUCAAUACUGCUCUGGCAUGUACAGUCGGACAACAUGGGGCGGGCCCGUCGACCCAUUCAUCCUCGUCAAAUUCCUCCACUCCAAGGCGCCCGAGAAGACGGACCCGAUUGCAAGCUUGCUCAUCUUUGAGUGGAAAGACAAGGACCUGGUUGGCCGGCCAGAUCCCAACUACCCCGGAAUGCGGCUGCUGGAGCUCUGCCGCGAUGAGUCCGUUAAGCAGGGCCACUGCAACGCGACCGACAUUGGAAAGUUCAUCACGACGCCUAACGCCACCGACCAUUCCAACGCCUUGAUUGUAUCCAAGGCCAUUCACCUCGAAGACCCCAAGCCUAUUCAUUAUUCGAUCAAAAAGACGGGCUACUAUUGCGUCGUUACCGACAGCUUUUCUGCCCAGCAGUACAAUGCGGUCACCGAGUUCCGGAAUGCGUAUGGCGAGCUGCCGGCGACGCAGAUCCCGAAGCUGCCCUUCUACGGCGGCAUGUCGAUUCUAUACGCCGUGGUGCUCGUCUUCUGGGGUUUCCUAUACUACCAACAUCGCCAUGACAUAUUGGCGGUCCAAAAUUACAUCACAGCCAUUCUCGUCUUCCUCGUCGUUGAAAUGCUCAUGACUUGGGGUUUCUACGACUUCCAGAACAACCACGGCUCCAAUGUGGGCUCCAAGGUACUGCUCAUCAUUGUCGGCAUUCUCAAUGCGGCUCGCAAUUCGUUUUCGUUCUUCUUGCUUCUCAUCGUCUGCAUGGGCUACGGCGUGGUCAAGCCGACGCUGGGCCGUACCAUGAUCUACGUACGGUGGCUGGCUGCCGCUCACUUCGUGUUUGGACUUGUAUACUCCAUCACAAGUCUCGUUGUUUCGCCAGAGAGCGCAGGCCCGUUCGUCUUGCUCAUCGUUCUUCCUCUGGCGGGCACCUUGACCGCGUUCUAUGUGUGGACCCUCAACUCGCUGAACCUCACGCUCAAGGAUCUGAGGGAGCGCAAGCAGCAUGCCAAGGAGGCCAUGUACAAGAAGCUCUGGUGGGCCAUUCUGAUCAGUAUCAUGGUCAUCUUCGGCUUCUUCUUCUUCAACAGCUUCACCUUUGCCUCCGUCAGCGACCCCGACUUUGUCCCCUUCCACUGGAAGACGAGGUGGUUCGUCCUCGACGGCUGGCUGAACAUUGUGUACUUUGCCGACGUCUCCUGGGUCGCUUACGUCUGGCGGCCCACAGCGAACAACCGUCGCUUCGCCAUGAGUGACGAGAUUGCCCAGGAUGAUGACGGCAACUUUGAGAUUGGCGACAUUGGCGUCCCCGACGGCUUCGACGACGACGACGAAGAGGCUCAGGUCGGCAAGGACCACGCGCACCCGCCGCCUGUGACGGGCAUCACGGCUCCCACGGCGGGACCGGCCGGGCCGGCACAGACCGCCCCGCAACGGGAUCAGGGGCGUAGCAUACCGCGCGACUCGAUUGACGGGGUGACGAUAUUUGCGGUGGGCGAGGACGGAGACCGGUUUUCCGACGACGAGGGCAGCGACGAGGAGGAUGCCAAGCUUGUAAAAUCGAAAUGAUAGAUGGGGGGGGGGCUUCAACUUGGUUCGCGGGGUAUAUUUGGGAGCAUUGUAUCGUACAGGGCACAUAUAGCUGUUUUCCUACCCAAUUGUCACGGGGGCGUUAUUUAGAUGGGAAAUAUUUCGCCAAGCUCGUCCGUACUUGCUAUAAGUUGUGUGCAUUUACUCUGACGGCGACAUGAGAUAGAUGAUGAGCACCAUUUUCAGGUGAGGUGCGGGUACAUGAACUGCACAUGGCCACGAUAUGUGCACCUAUAGAC